CAUAGUCAGUGUGAGAUUCACAGACAGCAGGAGAGGAAUCAUCUACAUGCUGCUGGUCACAUCUGCGUUCUUAAAGAUGCUUUCAUGUAUGAAAGUCCAACUGAAAUAGCAAAUCUAGUCUCUGCAGACAAGUUUGAUGCAGCACUGGCCAUUCAUCUUUAUAAAGGAGGCAGACUUCUGCAAGGUAGCAGCAUUCCUUUUGGAAUCAUCUUUGGCGGGACAGAUGUAAAUGAAGAUAUCAAAUGUGAAGAGAAACGUCGAGUAAUGGGAGCAGUGCUAGGAGAAGCCAGGUUUGCCGUGGCUUUCACGAUGAAAAUGAAGGAACUGGCAGCAGCAGAGUGGCCAGAUGCUAGGAAGAAAAUAUAUGUCCAAACUCAAGGAAUUAAAACUACACCCAGUGAAACAUUUGACUGGUAUAGAUUUCUACAAAGUGCAGACAUUCCUACAGAUGCAAGCAAUUUACAUGUGUUUCUUUUGAUAUGCGGACUUCGAAGAGUCAAAGACCCUCUGUAUUUGGUCGAUGCAUUUUCAGAUUGGCACAGAAAGGAUUCCAGUGUCCAUCUGGGCAUAAUUGGACCCGCAGUUGAUCCACUUUUUACAAGUGAAGUUAAGGAAAAAGUUAAAAGGGCACCUGGAGUACAUUUAUUGCAAGAGAUGCCACAAGAUGAUCUUCAUGCUGCUAUGAAAAGGUGCUUUGCUGUGGUGAACAGUUCGAUUUCAGAAGGGAUGUCUGCUGCAAUUCUGGAGGCAAUGGAUUUAGGUAUUCCAGUGCUGGCAAGGAACAUUCCUGGGAAUGCAGCAAUAAUAAAACAUAAAGAAACAGGACUCCUAUUUUCAAAUCCCCAGGAGUUUGUUGUGCUGUCUAAGAGUUUGAUGAAUGACCCCAUUAUUGAAAGAGAAAUUGUAACAAGGGCCAAAGACAAUGUGAAGAAACAUCAUUCAUGGGAAAGUGAAAGGAAAACCUAUCAGAAUCUUGUCCUAAGGCUCCAGUGAAUUGCAGGACUACAGUCGAUAACCAGCAGUCUACAUAGAGUGCUUUAACAAUGGAUACGUAAUUAGAGUUUCUCAUGGCUUCUUUUUAGAAGAGAAAGUAAGACAUGCAUUAUUAUUCUAUUCAAACAUACCAACAUCACAGGAGUUGUCUGCUACUUCAAGCUAUCAAAUUUAUCUAAUUCAGCACACUGUCUCUAGUGUGCCAAUUCAUCACAGACCAUUUUGAAAGAUCACAUAAGAUAAAUAUACUUCUAGAGCAGACACAAAUUUUUUUAUUGUUGUAAGGCCUCAAAGGGAGGAUGAUUUCUUGUGCACAGUGGAGCACUCCACCACGCAGAGCCUACAUCAAGUAUUCUGAUCAUGUUGCAUCCUAAUCAAACUGCAGUA